AUGGGCGUCAGGGUUCAUUCUAGUUCCACUACUUCAGCUGUUUCUCUACUAUUACUACUACUACUUAUUCUUGUUUAUAAAGCAAAUGCAAGUGGGUGUGAUUUUUUCACUGGGAAUUGGGUUGUUGAUGAAUCCUACCCACUCUACGAUGCCUCUGCUUGUCCCUUCAUUGAAAGAGAGUUCAGUUGCGAGAAGAAUGGCCGUCCUGAUUUGUUCUACACCAAGUAUCGAUGGAAGCCUCAGUACUGUAAUUUACAACGGUUUAAUGGUUUAGACUUCUUGGAAAGAUUUAAGGGGAAGAGGAUCAUGUUUGUGGGUGAUUCUCUAAGCCGAAAUCAGUGGCAAUCAUUGACAUGUAUUCUUCACUCUUCGGUGCCUAACGCCAAAUACAGUUUAACUAGACAAGGAGACGUCUCCAUAUUUACAUUUCUGGAUCACGACGUGAAAGUGAUGCUUGAUCGCAACGUGUACUUAGUAGAUGUUGUACGUGAAAAAAUUGGAAGGGUCUUAAAGCUUGAUUCAAUUGAAGGUAGCAAGCUAUGGAAUGGCAUCGACAUGCUUAUCUUUAAUACAUGGCAUUGGUGGAACCGCAGAGGACCUACUCAACCAUGGGAUUACAUUCAAGAGGGGAAUGAGAUUAAAAAGGACAUGGAUCGUGUUCUUGCUUUUGAGAAGGCACUCACUACAUGGGCUAAAUGGGUGGAUUCAAAGAUUGAUCCUUCAAAAACCCUGGUUUUCUUCCAAGGAAUUUCUCCAUCUCAUUACAAUGGGACGCUGUGGGAUGAACCAAGUGCAAAGAACUGUGUGGGGCAGAAGCAACCACUGGGAGGAUCAACAUAUCCAGGAGGAUUGCCACCAGCUGUAGAGGUGCUGAAAAGGGUGUUAAAAAAGAUUACAAAGCCUGUCACUCUACUUGACGUAACCCUCCUCUGUCUGCUACGAAAGGAUGGACACCCUUCAAUUUACGGCCUAGGUGGCUCGACCGGAAUGGACUGCAGUCAUUGGUGUCUUGCCGGUGUGCCUGAUGCUUGGAAUGAAAUCCUCUACAAUUUGAUACGUGGAAAGAUAUAA